UGCAUCCUGGGUUCCCUUGCAUCCUCCCUGUGUGAAGAGUCUGUGGGGUGUGUCCUGGGUCCCCUCACCCCCAAUGGGGAGGGUCCAUGAGACUUUGCGGGGGGUCCAUGGGGUCCCCUCUCACCCAGCCCCGUUGCAGAAGGACGAGGUGUACCUGAACCUGGUGCUGGACUUCGUGCCCGAGACGGUGUACCGCGUGGCACGCCACUUCACCAAGGCCAAGCAGCCCAUCCCCGUCAUCUAUGUCAAGGUGUACAUGUACCAGCUCUUCCGCAGCCUGGCCUACAUCCAUUCCCAGGGGGUCUGUCACCGCGACAUCAAACCCCAGAACCUGCUGGUGGACCCCGACACCGCCGUGCUCAAGCUGUGCGACUUCGGCAGUGCCAAGCAGCUGGUGCAGGGCGAGCCCAACGUCUCCUACAUCUGCUCCCGCUAUUACCGCGCCCCUGAGCUCAUCUUCGGGGCCACCGACUACACAUCCAACAUAGAUAUCUGGUCAGCGGGCUGCGUCCUGGCUGAGCUGCUGCUGGGUCAGCCCAUCUUCCCUGGGGACAGCGGAGUGGACCAGCUGGUGGAAAUCAUCAAGGUAGGAGAU